AUGAUACUGGAAAACGGAUACAAGCUCAUGGAGGAUGCCUUUUACAAGUACGGGAAUAUUACUAGACACUGCACACUGAUAGCUGAAUCAAUCACAAAGGCUGAGAUUUCAAUCGUGUUUCCACAGCUAAAAGAUCAAUGGUACUGGUUUGGCGAAGACAAGGAGAAAGGAUACAAGUUCAAGGGCUGCUAUAGGUCCAACAACCUCCUUACAUGGACGAGGCUACCAAAUGUGCUGACUAGUACGGCUGGCACCCCACUGAACGAGAAUAUGGUGGUUGAAAGACCCCGAGUUCUCUUCAACAAAGCAACCAACAAGUUUGUGAUGUACUUUCACUACGAUAGCCGUGAUCUUUCCUUGUUCCAAGAUGAUGAUGGAACAGGAUAUGUGAUCUUCGCCUCUGACCAAAGGGUUGUUGAUGGACUCGAGAUGAGUCAGAUGGAUGUCAAGGAAAUUUUUGACACUGACGGCAACAAUGGGUGGGGUUAUAUGGACCUCCUCAAGAAAGGUUGGUCUGCAAACCCAAACAAAGUCAUAACAACGAGGAACUUGGCUGGUCCCUGGUCCAAAGACGUCGAUAUUGCAGACCCCAAGCUAAACACAUAUUCCUCACAAAACACAUAUGAUCUUACAGUGACUGGUUCUAAGGCAAGGUCUCAUAUCUCCGUCAGUCAGUUGAAACUUGGAAAGACGCCAGGAGGACGAUUGACGUAUGAAAAUGUUAACCCAACAUUGAAAUUCCAAAAGAUCAGUGGCAAUAGCCCAGAUGGAGGUGCAGCUGAAUGGUGUUCAAUUUUCUACACAAGCCCAGGGGGGACCUAUCAAACAGGGAAGAUGAGUGUAAAUGGAGGUGGGAAGUUUGAUGUGGAUUAUCCACCAACUUCAGCUCAAAUUUCUAUCCCCGUACGCAUCAAUCUGAAGCCUGGAGGUGGAAAUUCAAUUGAAAUAGUGACUCCAAGUGGAGUCAAGGUUGAUUAUAUCAUUCUCUAUUGA